UAUGCAUGAAAUCAAGUUCCGCCCUUCGCCUGCUAUAUGCCCCCUUAAACUCUCUGUUGUGUAUUUAAUUGUAUACAACACUGUUUUCUCUCUCUUUUCCCUUCUUCUUCUUAUUCUAUAAGCAUGUAUUUUUUAAUUAUCUUAUUUCACUUUUUGAUCAUUAUAGAGGCAUUACAGAAACGCGAAGGUAGAUAAAUAUAUAAAUGGAAACUUUUUUUUUCUCUAAACAAAAUUCAGUGUGCGACAAUCGUCUUGCUUUUUGUUCACCAAGCCAGAAUGAAACAUGGUAUCAAUACAAUUUCUACCAAUUCAUAUGGAACCAAAAUCAAUCUUUAUUUAUAAAUCAUGAUUUACCUAACAGUUUUGAUAUACAUCUUUUGACAAUCUCACGAAAAAGUCAUGAACAACGACGACGUACGAUCAAGUCUUGGUUUAACCUGACCAACACCAACCAGUCUCUUUCUGUACAAGUGACAGAUGAUUGGUUCCCCACUCCACUCCCAGCUGGAUCAACGAAUUUGACAUGGGUGAUGUAUGUCUUUUUAUUAGGUCAUGAUGCUCCAAUGGACCCCACUUCUACUCAUAUGGACUUGGAAGCCAAUUCAUUUGUUCAACUUCAAGUGAUACAAUCUCCACCUAUACCCAUCAUUAAAGAAAAAUUUGCUCAUAAAUGGAUUAUUGCUAUUGUGAUUGUUGCUUCUUUCUUGGUGAUUGCAGCCACUUGUAUUAUUGUUUGGCUGUAUAAGAACAUGCAGAAACACAAAAAACAACAACAGCAGGAUUGUUCUAUUUUAAGCACGCCUGAUGCACAAAUGAUCGCCGAGAAGUUUCGUCAGGUCUUGUCUAGCUCUGAAUUGUCGGACCAACAUCGUUUAGAAGUAGGCAACGAUAUCUUGAAGCGUCAGCUAGCUUUAGAUCAAGACAUGUCGGUGUCUGAAGUAGAACGACGUACUUCUUCUUUCAGAAACAAAAAAAAAAUAAUUUUUUAAAUAAUAAAGUAAUGUCACUUCAAUAUGCUUUAAAUGGUGUAUUUGCAGUCUAUAAACCAAAAGGGUGGUCUUCAAGAAAAGCAACGGACUUCGUAAAAGAUUGUUUAUCAAAGGACCUGUUGACUCAAAAGUAUGGUACUGAUCUUGUCAAGUUGAAAAGACGAGAUCAGCUCAAGAUCGGGCAUGGUGGUACUUUGGUAAAUAUA